ACAUGGGAUGUAAAUUAUUGACAAAAUUGGGCAUUUUUAUUUCUAAGAUGUACCGAUUAGUCUUUUCUACAUGAAUCUUCAUCCCGAAGUUUUAUUGAUUCUAUUCAACAAUAAGGCCUAUAUAUUUUCUGUAUAUCUGACCAUAACGUAAAUGUACCUUAUGACAUGACAUUAAUUAAUGCAUGUCCCCAUUUUCCAUAUGUUAAUAAGAUGUUGAGUGAUUUAUGAACUGAAAACUUCAGACUCUUUGACUUAUUCUAGUGAAAAAAUGAUACCACUAAUAACAACACACAUAAAAAAGUAAAAAGAAAGCUAAGAUAAAUAUAUUCAAACUUAUUCUCUUUUCACUUUUUAUCAUUUGUAUUUUCUAAAAAAAAUUCAAUUUUCACAUCAAAUGAUGCUUUGUUUGAAUUUAAAAUUGAGUUAUCAUUCACUUAUCACACCAACUGCUCAAGGAAAGCAAGCAAAGCAAAACCAUAGACCAAGAACCCAGAGAGUACCAGUCAUGUGCCAUUUUUAAAGGCCUCGUUUGAUAAAGCUUUAUACAUGAUUGAUGAUAAGUCUUGCAGAAGGCGGGGAAUUGAUUUGGUUUAAAUUGCAACCCAGACAAAUUUUCUCGGGUGAAAAGAUGGACUCUAUCAGGAUGAAGACCCUCGUUAUGGUUUUGUGUCUGGUCCCUCCAGCCAUGGCCUUGCAUGGACGAAUCCAUGUCACCAAGCCCGUGAGAGUGAGGUCAUUGCAACUAGACCAUCUUCUGAUAGAUAGGCAAUCACGGGCCAACCAGGUAUACAGUGCCCAGGUUCUACCCCCUAAACCUAUGCUGUCAAAUCUGAAUAUGGCCUUCGGUGAUUUAAAUCCAGCACUGAUGACAGAGUCUUUGACUGUACCAAUUCCUCAUCCUGAAGAAACACCGACAAAUAUGGACGGUAUGGGGCAAAUGAUGCAAGCUAUGAUAGAAGAAACAAUGUCAUUAUUGGGUCCACCGGCAACAAUACCUAUCGAAACAAAUAACACUGGUGGUGGACAGCCCUUCUAUCACACCGUAGGUCAAAAUACCCCAGUGAAAUUUCACUACAGUUUUUCUCGUCAAAACGAUGAGGAAAUGGUUGCAAUGCUAAGCGAUCGGGCCCACGCAUUGUCUUCAAUAUGUAAAAGCACGGCAAAAAUGAUGGACGCCAGAAACGCCGCAGAGGUUCGGACACUAAUAGAUCAUCCGAGCCACCAAGACAUGCUGAGACAAGAAUUCACUCCAUUUUGUUACGAAAUUCAACAAUGUGAUUCAGAGCGAAAAUAUAGACUCGCCAGCGGUGCUUGCAAUAACCUGGACGCACCUUUAUAUGGAAAAGCUUUCACACCAUUUAGGCGAAUCGUAGCAUCUGCAUACGACGAUGGUGUAGAGGCGCCAAGGACACGAAGUGUACUAGGAGGUAUGUUACCGAGCGCUCGUGACGUCAGCAAUGCCGUCCACCAAGAAACCGUUAAUAGCGUUAACUCUCAGCUUACCCCGUAUGUGACCACGUUUGGCCAGUUUCUAGACCAUGAUUUUACAAGCACACCAUUAAUGCAAGAUGAAAAUGGAAAUAUAAUUCAGGACUGUUGCUCUUCUCCAGAAAGGUUUGAGUGUUUCAGUAUAUCUGUUUCGGCCAACGAUCCACACUUUAGAGACCCUACAAAGAAAUGUAUGACUGUUAUACGAUCAGAUGCCGCACCACCCUUAGAUUGCUCAACAGGCAUUCGUCAACAACAAAACCAGAGGUCUUCCUUCAUCGAUGGUACUAUGAUUUAUGGAUUUAAUAAAGCCAAAGAAGAUUCAUUAAGAAGUGGAGAAUUAGGUUUUCUAAAGGUAAGCGAUGACUACCCCCACACUCGUGGUAUGAUGCCAAAAACUGGUGAAAAUACCUGUAAUAUCCAAAUGGAAGACAACCAGGCUCCAGAAAUGCAACACUGUUUUGACGCUGGAGACCACAGGCAUACAGAGAAUCCUCUUUUAACUGUUAUACACACGGCUUUUCUUCGCCGUCACAAUCUCAUUGCUACACUGCUUAGAGAAGACUUUGGUGUUCUUGAUGACGAGAUGUUGUUCCAAGAGGCCAAGCGCAUGGUUAUUGCUGAAUUGCAACAUAUUACUUAUAAGGAAUUUCUCCCAAUUGUUUUAAAUAACGAUAUAAUGAGACGGUUCAAUUUAAGGAUUUACAAACCAGCCCACGACAACGUGUACAAUUCUUCCACUGAUCCACGAAUCAUUAACGCCUUUGCCACAGCAGUCUUCAGAUUUGGUCACACAUUGGUGCGGCAAAUUGUUGGUACAGACAAUGGGAACUCUAUUUUUGUCGACAGUCUCUUUAAGCACUUUGAUCGACCCCGGAUGACUCUAUCGUCAAAUGGGUACGGACACGAGUACAUGGCAAACUGGAAAUCCAGAACGGGUACGUCCCAACCUGACGGCUUCAUUGUAGAUGCUAUUCGGAACAGAUUGUUUGAAUCAGAAUCGGAAAUGGCAAGUGGAGCGACCAAGAGCUUUGAUCUUGCAGCACUGAAUAUACAAAGGGGCAGAGAUCACGGCCUUCCAGGUUACACUGUUUACAGGGAAUGGUGUGGACUUUCCCCGGUCCGCCACUUUGGGACGUGGAACCUCGGACUAGUUGAUCACGAUAGUAGAGCCGCAGCAAAUCUUCGUUCUAUAUACAGACACCCGGAUGAUAUUGACCUCUUUGCGGGAGGUCUAUCAGAGAGAAGACUUCCAGGUGCUUUGCUGGGUCCUACCUUUUCCUGCAUACUUGCUUUCCAGUUCCAAGUUCUGAAAACAGGGGACAGGUUUUGGUAUGAGAAUCCACACCCAGUCCAUGGGUUUUCCGCAGACCAAUUAAAAGAAUUGAAGAAAGUGACACUUGCAAAGAUUAUUUGUUCCACUGCUGAUGAGAAACAUAUCAUGACAAUGCAACCUAAAUUAAUGGCUAGAACACAACAAACAAACCCAGCAGUGUCAUGUAGAAGGAUACUAGGAGGUCAUGCUCUUGGUUAUCAUAUUGAUGUGUUUGGAACUAACUUUCCUGAAAUGAGAACUCUAAAUAUGAAUAUGAGACCACUACCAGCGUUCAGAGGAAGAAAGACCAUUUAUCCUAUCAACCCUACUUUACAGUAUCUUUUCAGAACCAAGCCAACAAUAAAAUCUUUCGGAAGAAGAAGGAUUAUAUAUGGACCAACUAAACUCAAAUACAAACGACGGAUUUUACUAAAAAAGAGGAAACCGUUGUAUUUUUAACCCAUUGUUACUUAGGAAAUCAUUUCAUCAUUACACCUUGCAAAACCAUACUCACCAAUCCCAUAACACAAAUUGAAAUUUGUGUUGUGUAAUGAAAUAAAAAUGAGCUAUAAAUUUUCGAUUUGUCCCAGAACAACUCGAACAAAAUUGAUGUGCAGAGCUUUGAUGCCUUGAAAUAAGCUAUAUAAAAUUCAUGCACACUAUGUUAGGCCGCAAGACAUAUUUAGAAUUUGUACUGUGCUGUAUGUAUUCUAAAGCCUUAAAUAAAUUGCGAAGAUAUAUCUCUAAUAUGCUUAAUAUCAUUAGUUUUGGACCUCACUACGCAAUGUUUUAACACUUUUUAAAAAUCCUAUACUCUUCACGUUAAUUUGUGCAGAUAGAAUUUUGUUUACGUAAUCAGUCUAGUUUUUUAGUAGGUAUGAAUUUAUUUUUGCAACAUUAAAUGAAAUAUUUAAACGUUUUAUAAAUUCAUAUGUGUUUUUAUGUAUAAGAAAUUGAAAUAAAAACUAUUA